AUGGCCGGCGAAGACUCUUCCGAUUCCAUCAUCGUCAACGUCGACGGAGACGAUAACAAAUCGGCGCUGUUCGGCAAAUACGACCUCGGAAAGCUUCUCGGCAGCGGCGCGUUCGCCAAAGUCUACCAGGCGGAGGAUCUCCACAACGGCCGCGAAAGCGUCGCGAUCAAAGUCGUCCAGAAGAAGCGUCUGAAAGACGGACUCACGGCGCACGUCAAGAGGGAAAUCUCUGUCAUGCGCCGCCUCCGCCACCCUCACAUCGUCCUCCUCUCCGAGGUCCUCGCCACCAAGACGAAGAUCUACUUCGUCAUGGAGCUGGCCAAGGGCGGCGAGCUGUUCUCGAGAGUCUCGAGCAACCGAUUCACGGAGAAGCUCAGCCGGAAGUAUUUCCGGCAAUUGAUCUCCGCCGUGAGGUACUGCCACGCGAGGGGGGUUUACCACCGCGAUCUCAAGCCGGAGAAUCUCCUCCUCGACGAGAAUCGAGAUCUGAAGGUUUCGGACUUCGGUUUAAGCGCGAUGAAGGAGCAGAUCAAAUCAGAUGGGAUGCUCCACACUCUCUGUGGUACUCCUGCUUACGUGGCACCCGAGCUUUUAACGAAGAAAGGAUACGACGGAUCGAAAGCGGAUAUAUGGUCAUGCGGCGUCGUUUUGUUUCUUCUAAACGCAGGUUACUUGCCGUUUCGAGAUUCAAACAUCUCGGGACUCUACAGGAGAAUCCGAACGGCUCAAUACACCAUGCCGGAGUGGACUUCUCCGGAGCUAAUGAAUCUUCUCCGCCGUUUACUGGAGCCAGUUCCGGAGAAACGGAUCACCGUCGAUGAGAUUUUAAAGGAUCCGUGGUUCAACCACGGAGUAGAUCCGAGUGAAAUCGUCGGGAUUCAAGUCGAUGAUUACGAUCUGGAGGAAAGCGGGAAGAAGCUAAACGCGUUUGAGUUGAUCGCGUCGUCGUCGACCGCGAAUCUUGCAGGUUUGUUCGGGAACUUCGUGACGCCGGAUCAUUGCGAUCAGUUCGUCUCCGACGAGAGCCCGGCGGAGAUUAUGAGGAAGGUUGUGGAGGUUGCGAGGCAGUUGAAUCUGAGGAUUGCGAAGAAGAAGGAGAGAGCAGUGAAGCUGGAAGGGUCGCAGGGAGUGGCGAACAUCGUGGUGAAGAUUCGGAGACUAACGGAUGAGUUGGUGAUGGUGGAGAUGAAGAACAAGCAAAGAGACGUGGGCUUAGCUUGGGCCGACGAGCUCAGGCGAAAGCUACGUCGUAUCAUUAACCAACCGGUUAAUAGGGGUCCGUA